AUGAAGAACAACGUUUUUGAACAUGUGGAUUUGUCAGUUGCGCCAAUGGCCCGCGCAGAUGUCGAAGAACGAUUAGACAGUUUACACAAAAUAGAUGAGGUGAAUCUUGCAUCCACAGCUAUUGCUACGUUGCGAGCAGGGAAGAUUUCCAAAGGCCCUACGACACAACGUGAGUUUAGUGAAGCAACAGCAGCAUAUUAUACAGAGCUAGAGCGGACUUCGGUUGCACUACGACGUGAGAUCCGGUUAUUAAAUGAUGUUUCUGGAGAUAAGGUGAUGCCAGUCAAUGUUGUACCUAAGGCAACAGCAGUUGGAAGACAAAAGGAAGAGGCCAUUUGGUUAAGCAUUAGUGAGGAGAAAAAGGGUAGUAGUGGGAAAGAAGAGGAAGAACAAGAACAAGAACAAGAACAAGAAAAAGAAAAAAAAGAAGAACAAGAAGACCAAGUAGAAGGAAAAGGAGAAAAGGAAAAGCAGGAAAAGCAGGAAAAGAAUGGUGAUGAUGGAGAUGUUGAAAUGACAGAUAAAUCAAGCAAAAAUGAUGUUGUUGAUGUUGUUGAUAAAAGUACCGACAAAAUUAUUAAAGACCUUCGGGACACUAGCGGAGCAACAGCAACAACAACAGCAGAAGAUUCAAUUGAGGAAGCCGUUGAAGCUGCGACAGGUGUUGUAACUGACGAGCGCAAAUUAGGCAAGUUAAGGCUGAUUACGAAAUAG